AUGUUGGGAAGGGCAUGCGACAAUAUGCACUUUAAUUGUGGGGUGUGUGAUGAUUGCAGACAAAGCCAUUUAGGUGAAGAUUCACAGCUGGAGUAUCUCAGUGCUCACGAGCAAGAUUUUGAUGAUAAGAAUAGCUCAAGUGAGUUUUCUGAGCAAAAGGAAACUAUAGGAAUUGAAACCUUAAAGCUGAUAGAUCCAGUUCAUGAAGUUCCAGGGGGGGGAGUCCCAAAGGAACAAAAUCUCAUUGACGUGUCAGAAGAUUGUUCUCCUGCUUCUGAGUAUGGCGUAGGUGACCAGACCUGCCCAGAAGCAGCUAUGCCAGAGCUUCCCCACCUGCUUCAGGACUCUCUGUCUCUUCCAGAUUGCAAUGGCAUGACUUGUGAUCAUCAGGAAGAGCCAACAGAGUAUCAUAGUGUUGUUUAUGGAAGUAUACUUGAAAGUCGUGCUUAUAGGAGUAAAGAAAGGGUCUGUCCAAAUCCGCUUGUAUGUGACAGCUUAGAAAAUGGAGAGGUGAAAGACAUUGCACUGAUUGACGGCACGCUGCCACCCCAAACGGCUACAAGUGAAGAAGUGUCUGAAAACAAUGACAGACACAUUCACAGCAUCUCAGUGAAGCAAGACAAUCCUUUGCUGUCACUACGGGAGAGGGCCCUUGCAGUAGCCAUACAAUUUUGUGAACAUGCAGGGGACUCUGCUUUCUACAGUUGUGAAGAAUCUGGUGUGUGCGCACAUGGUGCCAUCUGCGUUGACUGCACUGCAAAGGAUGCCGAAACCCAAUUUCCAGUCUCUGCAAUUCUCACUAGUGAGAAUCCCUUUUUUGAGGUGGAAGUUGCAGAUAAAUCCUCCCAUGGAAAUACCAGCUCUCUGAACUCGGAGUUGGAGCAUUGUGGAAACUUGAAAAACAUUACCAGUGACUCUAUGGUUAGCCAGGCUGUUGAUGUGAGUUCGGAUUUUAGAGCUUGCUUUACAACAAGCAGAAGUACCAGUGCUCAGGUUUGUCUCUCGUCCAGGGCUAUUAAUACAGAGAUAACAAUGAUGAACAAAUCUCGACCUGUGGGAUGGCGCCAUGAAACCUGUGCAGACGUUGCUUGCAAUACAGACUGGUCAUGUGGAGCCGGUACUACGGUGCAAAUUCAGUCACAGCUUACUGAGAUGCUGGAAAAACACUCAAAUGGCAAUACUGCAACAGCUGAAAGAAGUUCACAAAUACAGGAACAGCGGGAAUCAAAAAAUGAGCUUUGUAGCAGCGAUUUAAAGAUAAGUGCUGACAGGCCGGUACACCUUGACAAACAAGCUGUGAAGAAUUCUGCAUCAAGCUACUGUCAAAAAAUACUGCAGAGAGCGAUUGAAGCAGAAUUGCAGAUUCUAAACACUCAUUAUCAGAUGUGCUAUCAGCACUGCUUGAAGAUUUACAAACUGGCUUUGGAGGAAAACACACAUUUUAGCAGAUGUAAUGGAAAUACUGAAUUAGGUUCAUCUCUCAUGUUGGUUUUGGAAGAGCUAAAAAAGAAUUAUAACAGUAUGAGAAUGAAAAUAAAAAUGGGCAUACCUUUAAAUGCACUUCCGCCGCUAUCAGUUGAGAUGAAGUUGUUCCCAAUCUCCUCUUCUUAUGUCCCGUGCAAGUUGUUCAGAGAGGAUCUUUGCUAUGAUUCUGUUUCAGGUGCAAGAAAAGCUGACACUGAAGCACCAAAACUGCAAGAAAGGAAGAUUUCUGUCAGCAUGGACAAUCCACAGACUGUAUGUUUAACUGAUGGCAGUCAGCCAAGUGACACUACUUCCUCCAAGACAUUUGAAGAACAACGUAAAGAUCAGGAUGUGGAACGUGGCUGUGUGAAAAAUGAAGAAGGGAAUGAAUAUUGGUUUGAUGCUAAAGAGGACUUGGCAGUAGCAGAUUUUUCAGUAAUAUCUGAAGAAACAAAAAAGCAACAAGAAAAACAAGACACAGUUGAUUUAAGAGAAGCGAAGAUAAUGGAGAGUGGAAAUGAGUGUUCUUUUAUUCAUGUUGGUGGCCUAAGUUCCUCAGUGUCAGAGGGUGAUUUAAGAUCACAUUUCCAGAAGUAUCAGAUUUCUGACACUCUUAUCUCUGUGGAUUCUAGUAACUACAGGUAUGCAUUUAUUUCCUUUAAAGACACUAAUAAAGCAAAGUUAGCUGUAGAGGAAAUGAACCAGAAAAAAAUAAAAGGAAAACCAGUAAGUGUUGAACUGGAUACUGGAGAAAAUUUCCUGCAGAAAACAUCUGCUCCUUUCUCCACUAAUUCAUAUGAUGCCUUUAUUUCUCCUAAUGCAUUGAACUUGAGCAGCUUUACCAAAUUAAUGAAGAAACUUCAAGAAAUUCAUCCAGAGGCUAGCAGAGACAAAAUUGUGGAUGCUCUGCUGGAGGUGAGGAAAAACAACAAAGGUAUCCUAAGUGGCUUGUCCAUCAAUUCUAUUGUGGAAAGGACCUCCAUCAUUCUAAGGAAGUCGACGCCCAGUUGUGGGUGGGAAAAGCAAUGUAAAUAAAUGGCUUUCCGAUUACGAAGAAUUGAUCAUCUCCC